GUGGGCAGUAGUAAUGGAUUUAUCAUUUUCAUUUUCAGACCUGGCAAGUUUUCUACUCAGAAAACAUUCAAGUUACAGCGAUUCUCUCUCAACUUGCUUCAAAUUUUUCAUCAUCUAUCGUCCCUCGACUUGACAAGUUGUUAAUGCAUAUGAAAGAAGCACAUAAACUGUAUAAAACGCAUCGAUUUCGUGUUGACAGUGAGCUCAAGACAGUUCGUGACGAAGAAAACAGACUUAAGGUGACAUACCAACAGCACGCUGACGAGUUGGAAAGUAUCAGGCAAAAGCUGGAAGGCAGCAAAGGAAAAACUGAUAAAACUAAGCAAGAUAAGUUGAAAAAGGCUUCGUUAAAGCUCUAUCAAAAUCAUAAUGACUAUGUGCUUGCAUUAAGCGCUGCAACAAUACAUCAAAAUCAUUAUGAGACAGGGAUUGUUCCAAACUUAAUGAACUCGUUACAGACUGUCAAACAAGACUUGGCUAAUGAUUGGUGGGUGCACAUUUAUUUUGACUAUUUAACCAAUACAAGCAUUUAUGAAUUUUUUGAAACUAAACCAUUUCUGAAUUUGGUCUUUACAGGAAGACCAUUUUGGGUGACAUAACCUACUAUAUAAAAGCUUAUUCAGAACGAUAUGGGCAGCUCGCUGACUCCAUAAAUUCCUCAAUGGAAGAGGUCAAAGAUGACAACCCAUAUGAACCAUUUAUCAUCAAUAAUGGGUAGGUUUAUAUACACAAUGAUUCAUGUCAAGUGUUGAAUUACAUCAACGUGAUAGGUGUAAAAGUGCCUUCACUUAGUCUUGUCACACAUUUGAUCAUAUUAAUACAUAAUAUUGCAAAGUUUGCAAUAUUUCAAGAGUGGAAUAACACAUUCUUCAACUAAUAUUAGAAAUUUAUUUCCUUGUGAGAAAAUGAAUUCCUAAAUGAAGUGUCUGUCUGUAUCAAUAUCACAACCCUAAUCAAUAUUAAUUACAUACCUGAGGUGACUACUAUAAAUUACUUUCUUGAGAACGGGGGAGGUAAAGCAUGCAAGAGUCGAUUGCAUCUCUCAAAAUUCAAGGUCUGCAUGAUAAAUUGUUUACAAUUAGGCUAGACCUUGUGAAAUGCUAUCCUGAUCUAGGAAAUUACAAGGCACUAAAAUGCUUAAAAGAAUAACCUACAGUAAUGUAAUUUUUUGCAUUAUUCUACUGUAUUUUUACCCUGUAAUCGACUGUAAACUCUGGAAUGAAUCAUCUUAAUAAUAUCCUAGUAAUAAAAACAUAUAAGUAAUAACCUGUAAUAAUAAUCUAGGGCCCCCCUUGAACAACAUGGAGACUAUACAUUUGAUGAAGCUUUAUUGACUAUAACAACAACAGACUUGAUGGCAAAUGAACUUGGACUGAAUGACUUAACACUGGAGCAACUUAAAGCAAAGUAAGUUUAAUAUUUGUUUCAUGAUAGUAGAAUAAUAGAUUGUAGGAAAAUUACAUAAUAUAUUUCAUUGAGUUGCAUUGCGCCCCACUUUAUUAUUUUACUCUUGUCUAACACCAGAUGAUCAUUUUACUUGUCAAGGGAGAGUGCACCAGCUUAAUGGGAUAUACUAGAACUUGGGUGUGCACAUACCAUGCAUUAAUUAAUGCCUAGUUACAGUUAAUACAAGCAUGCUCUAACUUUGUAUUUCUUUACUCCAUUUUAGAAAUAUUUUAUUUGAAAAAAGUGUGUUUGAGACAAAGGCAGAGUUAAGUCAAAAGGUUAGCUUUGAGUAGCAUACGGUUUCUGGUGCAAUGUAUGUACAUGCAUGCCUAUCACAUUUGAAUACUGAUGUAUUUUGGUAUUUUAGAGUUCAGAUUACCAAGCAGCAAAACAGACCUUGACCGAACUAAGAGAAACAUCAAAAGGUAGUUUAAGUAGGUAAGUGAAAUGUUUUAUUUCAAAGAGAUAUUAAUUCAGCAAAACCAGAUGUACCCCUACGUCAUAUAACUAUAAUCCUUCUACUUUUGUUCUGCUCCUUGAUCAAUCUUGCUUCAUAUGGUGGGUUUAAAAUUCAGUAAGGAUGGUUAGUAUCUUUGCCUUUACAAAUAGAUUUUAUUCUUUUUAUAGUAUAUUUCUGAAACAAAUGGCUGUAACUGACCUGUCCCGGGAAUUGAAGGAGCUGAGCUGUAAGCACGAGAAAGCUGUGGUAAGUUUUGUAUUUGUACUAAGUAUGGCUUAUCUGUCAGACAGAUAACGUGUCUUGAUGAAUAAUCCGUUAAAUACUGUGCGUUUUGGCUUUUGCGUGUUUGUAUUAAUGCCCUUCACAAUAAUUUCUUAUUCUUUAAAGGGACAACAUGUAAUUGUUAGCAGUGCAUUGGAUAAAUUAGAUGGAGGUUCUCCACUAAAGUUUACUGAUCCACUACUUUCAGCUAGCUCAGUAAGUAUGCGCCGUGGUUGCUUAUUCAAAGCUGGAUUAGCACUAACUUGAGCAUUUUAUCAUGUUAUUAAGGAAUCGUUUGGAACGAAUGGGGUAAUGGGACGAACUCUGCAACGUUUUACAAGCAAUCUCGUCAAAGGGCUUUCACCUACAAAGAAAGAGCGUCCAUAUACCUUUGACAGUGACUUUCAAGGCCACAGCGCUGACAGCCACAGACCGCUGCCCACCAGACCUGGGGUUGAUGAUGAUGAUGAUGAUGAUGAUGAUAGUGAUGCCGAUGAUCCCGAUGAUUAUGAUGAGGUUUGUACCCAGGCCCAUGGCUUUAAAUGAAGGUCGUUUGAUGUCAGUUGACUUGAAGUAAAAGCGAUUGUCAGAUUUUAGGAAGAUAUUUUGUGAGAUGACUAUCAGUUAAGACUAUCAGUUAAGAUAUUUUGUUACCUGAACGCUGAGAUCAUUGUCUAAUCCCAAUCGAACGCAGUCUUACCCAAUGGUCUUACCACAACCUGGGGCUUCGGUGGCGAAGUGGUUAGCGCACUUGCCUUUCACCUUUAAGGUCGCAGGUUCAAAUCGUAAUGUGAAAAGAGUAAGUCGACGCUCUGCCGAAAGUCGUGGGUUUUCUCCGGGUACCCCGUGUUUCCUCCCACAGGGAAAGUCGACAGGAUGGGUUAGGUACAUAAGGUCUGGAGGCAGAUCAUUAAUGAGGUAUGGACUAAUAGCGGCUGCUCAAGCGCCAUUUGUAAGCUCAAAGUCUACCUCGGUCUGCUUCACGUCAGUCCGGUUGAUCUAUCUAAUCAUAAUGUAAAACUUCUGCAAUUCAGUGUAUGCUGCCAUGGAAGUUCAAAUAAACUAUCUAUCUAUCUACCAACCGCGGUUGAGCUGAAGUUGGACUCAAAUCAACCAAUGCCUUGCCUCAAAUGAACUCAGUUUAACUGCAAGCUUGCCUAACACUGUCGCAUGCAACCUGCUUACAACUAACUUGAUUUGUACUGUGCAAAUCAAGCACACAACUUGUACUGUGCAAUUUGUACUGUGCAAAUCAAGCACACAACUUGUACUGUGCAAUUUGUACUGUGCAAAUCAAGCACACAACUCACAUACGACAACGUAAUGCCCUUCAAACGUGAAGCAUACGGCCAGAUAAUUACGACAACCAAACCUUGUAUUGUAUCAAAUAUUUUAAAUGUCUUACAUAGCCAGUUGACGUGCCUCUGGAAGAUGAACUGUGGUACCAUGGAAUGAUAUCUAGAGAAGAAACCGAAGCUUUGCUGAAAAACGGUGGUGAUUAUUUAGUACGAGAGAGUAAAAGAAAACCAGGAAAUUAUGUCUUGUCCGCCAAAUGGGAUGGCAUACGACAUUUUAUUAUUCAACAGGACGAAUCAGUAAGUACUUGGUGAUGAUAAGCUGUCGCAGUUUAAUUUUCUUUCUACUUAGUAUAUUAAGCAUGAACAGUUGUGGGGUGGCCCACCACCUCUUCGUAAAGCUUACUGAAAUUCGUCAAGACGUUGUCGCUUUUUUUCCAGGGUAAAUUCCGACUAGAAGGGGAAGCUUAUUCGACGGUAACGCAUCUUGUGGAUUUUCACAAGAAGCAUCAGUGUGCAGUAACGAAGAAGAGCAAUGCCUUACUCAAGAAUCCCAUACUACGUCCAAAAUCCACAGGAAGGAAAUUGAAUCAUGACAAUAUUGUAAUAGAGACUAAACUAGGGCGUGGCCAUUUUGGUGACGUGAUGAAAGGACGGUUAAAAGACACUGGGGAAGAAGUGGCGGUGAAGACCUGUAGGGAUAAUGUAACAUCGGUUAUGAGGGAUAAGUUUCUUCAGGAAGCUGAGAUAUUGUUUCAGUACGCUCAUCCAAAUAUUGUUAAGCUCAUUGGAGUGGUUGACCAAGAGCCUGUUUAUAUUGGUGAGUUUGUGUGGUGAUGGUUGUGUUAGUAAUGAUGGUGAAUGUGAUGAUGGUGAUUGGUGAAUGUAAUAAUGAUGGUGAAUGUAAUAAUGAUGGUGAAGGUGAUGAUGAUGAUGGUGAAUGUGAUGAUGAUGAAGGAUGAUGAUCACGAAAGUGAUGAUUGUCGUGAUGGUGAAGGUGAUGAUGAUCAUGGUGAAUGUGAUGAUGAUGAAGGAUGAUGAUCACAAAAGUGAUGAUUGUCGUGAUGGUGAAGGUGAUGAUGGUUGUGUUAGUGGUGAUGAUGGUGAUAGUGAUGAUGGUACCUUUACAUUUUGCUCUCAAAUAUUUUAAUUAUUCUGGUUCUGCCAUUUUCACUAGUAAUGGAACUAAUGGUUGGAGGUGACUUUCUAAACUACCUACGUAAUCAUGGCAACGAGAUUCGUCCCCAAGAACAACUACAGUAUGGUAUCGAUGCAGCCAAUGGCAUGGCAUACUUAGAAAAACAUGGUUGCAUACAUCGUGAUUUAGCUGCCAGGAAUUGUCUGUUGGAUAAAGUGAAAAUAUUGAAGAUUUCUGAUUUUGGCAUGUCUAGAGAAACAGGUAUGCUCCUUACACGGAUAGUUGUUUUCUAGAUCUAAACCAAGUUUAUAGAUACUGGGUAGCUCUAUCAGCUCUAAACAAUUCUUCCUACAGAGGCCAUAAUAUGCUAAGUUUAACAGACUGUAAAAAAUCAGUUUCACAAAGCCUAAAUGAUUCACACCAUACGUUUGUUUUCUAACAAGUUUUUUUUUCUACACUUCAUAAUUUAUAGAUUUAUAUGAAUGUUCGAAUAUGCGAGAAAUCCCAGUGAAGUGGACGGCACCGGAAGCACUCAACUAUACUCAGUACACCUCAGCCAGUGAUGUAUGGAGCUUUGGUGUGCUGUUAUGGGAGACAUACUCUCUUGGUAACACCCCCUACCCUGGUAAGGGGAAUAAGGUAAGGGCUAGAAUACAAUUUUUUUGCCUGCAAGCAAAUUUUGCCUGCUAAUCCUAAGGCGAUGCCUGUGGAGGAGUCUACUCAUGCAUGUAUUAUCUAUAUUUACAGGAGACCCGCGAACAGGUUGAUCGUGGCUAUCGCAUGCCACCUCCUUUGGGCACGCCCACAGCUAUUUAUGACCUAAUGAAACAAUGCUGGGAAUACGAGCCCAAAGAUCGCCCACAAUUUCGUACAAUUCGCGCAAAACUUAUGCAAAUUAAGCUACUUGGAUGAAACGCGAGGUGAAAUUUCUCAUUUCUAGUAGAUUUGUGGUUUCCUGGCAAGGUGACCAAUAUUUAUGAAGAGUUUUACAUGCUACCAGGGAGAAUAUGAAGUUGAGUUAAUGAAGUUAGCAGUGGGUUAGUGUCAAAUUAUUUUGGCUUUUGACCUUACAUGUUUGCACCACUGUUGAGCAAGAAUGAAUAUUUUUAAUGUUAGACAACACAAAAAUGUAAUAUAGUAGAAAUGUUGUAAUUUAGUACAUUAGCAUUGUUCAACCACAUAAUGUCAUAACAAAGCCUGGCCCAGUUGUUCAAAGCAUGAUUAGCACUAACCAUGGGUUAAAUUUAACCCAUUGUUUUGGUUUACUGUAUGUAUGUCACUUUUGUCUCAAAACUUUAGACAAUUAAACUUCUAAUGAUCCGGAUAAGAUUUCUGAAAAAAAUAUUUCCAAGCUGCUGUGGCAGUAUGCUCUGAACUUCAUGUUAAGCCAGAGUUAAGCUAAUUGGCCUUGAACAACCAACUCUUAUAUUUCAAAACCAACAUAGCUUGAAAAUUUCUGGGAAUUUUAUGCCUUUUGGGGAUUUAAUUAUUUGUAUAGUUCUUUGAUAGUGGUUUCAAAACCGACACAUUUUUAAAGAGAACAGGCUUCAUUGAGCUUACUCGUGAUGUCUAUGUUGUGGUAAUUAUAAAUUAAUGAUGUAAUUAUAAUAUACGUAAUUUGUAGAGGUAAGAAUGUCACAAUACAAAGAAAAUAUGCACACACACAAAUUAUUUUCUAUAUUGUUCUUCAUUUAUUGCAAAAGGGAAAAUGGGAUUUUUUUGCAAAAUAUUUUCCACUAUUUUAUGAUAAAAUUAAAUAUCUUUCCAAGUACAGUAGCUUUACAAAGUUUAAUUAAAGUCUUUCAGGUUGUGUUUCUGCAAAAACUAAGCUUUCAUAUGUUUGAUCGCUUUUCUGCAAAGAAUCUUCGCAGUACAAAAACUUGUCCAAUACUUAAUAUGACAAUGAGAACAGAUUCACCAAUAGACCAGUACUGUACUCUCUCGUUAAGAUAUUCAGCUCUAUCGCGGGCAGUUGCUUCACGGAGACGAUGGUGGGUUUGAUAGUCAACAACAACCUGGAAAAUAAGAUGAAAUAUCGUUAGCAAAU